CGAAUGCAUCGCGGCGCCUACUUCCGGUCCCAGCAGCCAGAGCGGAAACAAAUGGCUCUUGUGUCUGCUGCAUUUGGGCUCAAAUUGAGCCAAACCUGGUGAGGAAUUAUUUCACCAACUAGAACGAAGACAUUUUAGGUGGCGGCGGUGAGCGUCUUCUAAAAGUGGCCUUGGCGGGACCUGCUAGAAGGGGGUGUGGUUAAACGAUGGACAGCCGAUGCAGCAGCAGCGCCGACUCCAGGACGGUGGCCCGCGUGGCCAUCAACUCCACACCCGUGUCAGCCCAUGGGGAGUCCUACGAGGUGGCGGGGAAGAAAUGCAUCUCUGACGUCAGGAGGACCUUCUGCCUCUUUGUUACCUUUGACCUUUUGUUCAUCACCUUGCUGUGGAUCAUUGAGCUCAACGUGAACGGCGGCAUUCCGAAGCAGCUGGAUGAAGAAGUCCUCCACUACGACUACCACGCCUCGUUCUUUGACAUUUUUGUAUGGCUGCUCUUGCUGAAGAAACAUCACCACACACACGCACAUACACACAAACACACAUACACACACACACACUGGCGUGCUCUCACCUCCUGUUCUUGUUGCAUCUCCUCUCCUACGCUUGCUUCCUGGCAGCUACUGGCCGUGUUCAGGUUCGCCUCGCUCAUCCUGGCCUACGCCGUCUUCAGGCUGCGUCACUGGUGGGCCAUCGCGGUCACCACAGCUGUAAGCUGCGCCUUCCUGAUUGCCAAAGUCAUUUUAUCCAAGCUGCUAUCUCAGGGGGCUUUUGGGUACCUGCUGCCCAUCAUCUCCUUCGUGUUGGCCUGGAUAGAAACAUGGCUACUGGACUUUAAAGUUCUUCCUCAGGAGGCUGAAGAUGAAAACAGAUACCGGUCCAUCUUGGACGCCAGCGAGCGAGCGCCUCUCUUGUGUCCCGGACCAAUGUCUGAUGGACAGUUCUACUCGCCGCCCGAGUCCGUGGCAGACACCGACGAGGACCUGGACGACAAACAAGGACUGUUUUUAAGUUCUCACUGAUGCAUCUUAGGACAUUUACUGACGAGUACGUGCUUUAGUCUUCCUGUCAGGAUGUCCCGAGAGAACAUUUAAAGGGAAAACCGCCUUACACUUUGGGACAUUUAAUGUCCCAAAUGUGCACACGACAACCUUUGUUGAUAUCAACAGGCACCAGAGGACGCUAAUGGAAUCAAAUUCCUAAAUGAAUGUUUGCUUACUUGAUAUAAGCUCCUGGAGGAGUUUGCUCUGCAUGAAGAAGGGAAGACGCUGAGGCCAGUGUGAUAUUCUCCUCCGCACAACCUGCGGCAGACCCCCAAAACACAACAUGAACAUUUGAGCGGAAUUAAGCCUUUCAAAAUAAGUGUCAGAGGUCACCAUGGGAGCUGUGAAGUUGGUUUAUGCAGGAGCUCCAAGUGUGGCUGGUCUGAGGACAUCAUGAAGACAAUGGGAACACCGCUUUAUUCUUUCUUCACAUUUUACUGACAAAGGUCAUGACUUUGUAAAAGAAACUAUACAGAUAAUAAAAAAAGGUUGAUUCUUAAGCUGC